AUGCACUCAACGUUGACUAUCGACUCCAGCGCGCGCAUGCGGUUCACAGGCACGCGCAUUGCAUUUAUAUGCACAAUCCUGACGGGCAACGGGCAGCUGAGCCAGGCGUCCUUUGUAGUUGACGGCGGUGCACCAGUACGCAUUGCACACCCCACGACGCCACCUGUGCAGUGGCAGACAACGUUCUGGGACUCGGGCCUGCUCUCGUAUGGCUCCAAGCUGUGUAACACCUUCCAUGAGAAAGAGUGUGUCGAGCCGAUUUGUACUCUGGGCUAUGCAAGGUUCUUAAUUCCUACUCUCAUGGUUCAAUCACCGGAAGAAAAGAAAGAAUCCCACAGAGUGGCAAGCAGCAAAUAUUAUGCAAAAAACCGUUCUGCGCUUCAAGAGAGUGCCAGGCUUCGAAUGCAGAAAUUGCGUGCUGCACGAAAAAGCGGCAAGCAUCUGCCCACCCAAAACUCUGUGUCUAAUAUUCAAACCACCGCAAGCUCCUCUGCAACAAGCACGCCUGCAACAAGGACACCAUUGACUGCUAGAAAGAGUUCUACAUCUGAAGUCCCCGUCAACAAGGGUCUUCUGUUCGUCGACAAUCCUCUCCUCCAAGACUGUAUGACGGAUUGA